UUUCUCAGAGGAGAAACUCAGAAGAGAGAAAACACGAAGGAGAGAAGUGAACCAACUUUGUAGGAGAAGAAAGAGAAGAUUCGUCAAAACUACGUCGUUUCUAUCGCCGGUGAAACAAUGGCGGGAGCGUGGAAUUCACGCGCAUCGAUAGUUUUGGGAAUCGUCCUUUGCGGGACUUUGUUUGCCCUCACUAUCGCCAAAGACGAAGCGCCUAAGCUUGGUACAGUUAUCGGAAUUGAUCUUGGUACCACCUACUCAUGUGUUGGUGUUUACAAAGAUGGUAAAGUUGAGAUUAUAGCGAACGACCAAGGUAACCGUAUCACUCCAUCAUGGGUGGCUUUCACCAAUGACGAGAGGUUGAUCGGGGAGGCUGCAAAGAAUCAGGCAGCUGCUAAUCCCGAGAGGACUGUUUUCGAUGUCAAGAGGCUCAUCGGAAGAAAAUUUGAGGACAAGGAGGUCCAGAGGGACAUGAAGCUUGUACCUUACAAGAUUGUGAACAAGGAUGGAAAGCCUUACAUCCAAGUUCAGGUUCAGGAUGGUGAGACCAAGGUUUUCAGCCCUGAGGAGAUUAGUGCCAUGAUUCUUACUAAGAUGAAGGAGACAGCUGAAACUUUCCUUGGAAAGAAAAUCAAGGAUGCUGUUGUCACUGUUCCUGCUUACUUCAAUGAUGCCCAAAGGCAAGCAACCAAGGAUGCCGGAGUCAUUGCUGGUUUAAACGUUGCUAGGAUUAUUAAUGAGCCAACGGCAGCAGCUAUUGCCUAUGGUUUGGACAAGAGAGGUGGUGAGAAGAACAUCCUUGUCUUUGACCUUGGUGGUGGGACAUUCGAUGUUAGUGUUUUGACCAUUGAUAAUGGUGUUUUUGAGGUUCUUGCAACCAAUGGAGACACUCACUUGGGAGGUGAGGACUUUGACCAGAGGCUCAUGGAGUACUUCAUUAAGUUGAUCAAGAAGAAGCACAACAAGGACAUAAGCAAGGACAACAGAGCUCUUGGAAAGAUGAGGAGAGAGUGUGAGCGUGCCAAGAGAGCCUUGAGUAGCCAGCACCAAGUCCGUGUUGAGAUUGAGUCUCUCUUUGAUGGUAUUGAUUUCUCUGAGCCACUCACCAGGGCUCGUUUUGAGGAGUUGAACAACGACCUCUUCAGGAAGACCAUGGGACCCGUUAAGAAGGCCAUGGAGGAUGCUGGUUUGGAAAAGAACCAGAUUGAUGAGAUUGUUCUUGUUGGUGGAAGUACUAGGAUUCCCAAGGUUCAACAGCUAUUGAAGGAAUUCUUCAACGGAAAGGAGCCCAGCAAGGGAGUUAACCCUGAUGAGGCCGUCGCUUUUGGUGCUGCUGUUCAAGGUAGCAUUCUCAGUGGAGAAGGUGGUGAAGAGACCAAAGAAAUCCUUCUAUUGGAUGUUGCGCCUCUUACCCUUGGUAUUGAGACUGUUGGUGGAGUCAUGACUAAAUUGAUUCCAAGAAACACCGUUAUCCCAACCAAGAAGUCUCAGGUUUUCACCACUUACCAGGACCAACAGACCACCGUCACCAUUCAGGUCUUUGAAGGUGAAAGGAGUCUCACCAAGGACUGCAGACUUCUAGGGAAAUUUGACCUCACUGGAGUCGCACCAGCACCAAGGGGAACCCCUCAGAUCGAAGUCACCUUUGAGGUGGAUGCAAACGGUAUCUUAAAUGUGAAGGCAGAAGACAAAGCCUCAGGAAAAUCUGAGAAGAUCACCAUCACAAACGACAAGGGUCGUCUGAGCCAGGAAGAAAUUGAGAGAAUGGUUCAGGAAGCCGAGGAGUUUGCUGAGGAAGACAAGAAGGUGAAGGAGAGAAUUGAUGCCCGUAACAGCUUGGAGACUUACGUGUACAACAUGAAGAACCAAGUGAAUGACAAGGACAAGCUGGCUGACAAGCUAGAGUCCGACGAGAAGGACAAGAUCGAGGGUGCUGUUAAGGAGGCCCUUGAGUGGUUGGAUGACAACCAGAGUGCCGAAAAGGAAGACUACGAGGAGAAACUGAAGGAAGUCGAGGCUGUUUGCAACCCAAUCAUCACCGCUGUUUACCAGAGAUCUGGUGGGGCAUCAGGUGAAGGCGCUGAUACAGAGGAUUCCGAGGAUCAUGAUGAACUUUAAGCGCGGUAACUGAUUUAAUUGUUGGUUGUAUUAGGUUUAGACUUAUGAUCUCCUUUUUGGAAGCUUUUGGCAGGACAGAAAAGAUGAUGCAGUAGAAUAUUACGGGAAUUUUAGGGGGGAAACUGGGAUGGGAAACUCUUUUGGAUUAUCGGGUUUCUUCUCUCCCUUCACCAAGUUCAAUUUUUGAGGGACAAUGUAUAGGAUAUUUCAACUGUUUUUAUCAGCUGAAACACUUGUGUUAUUUUCUUUUACUUAUAAUUCAUAAUUGCCUCUGUUUUCGACUCA